UACACCACAACAAUACAACGUCACAUGAUUUGACUUCCGCAACUAAUGCUGCCACACUCAUUCAAAACAUCCCAGUGUACUCAGGGAAGUGAGAACAGUAGCUGAGUGUGUUCCUGUUAAUAAUACUGCAUGAAUAAAGCUGCAUUUAUUUAAUUGUACCUACUUUAACCGGACAGAAAGCCUCGUUUGAGAACUCAUCAUGUCUCUGCUCAGGGUUGGGAACAUGCUGCUGCUGCUUCUGCUGCUGUUUGGACAUUCACUCGGGGCACCUCGUUCAUUCAGCGUGGAUUACAAGAAGGACUGCUUUCGGAAAGAUGGGGAAGAGUUUCGUUACAUAUCAGGAAGCAUCCAUUACAGCCGGAUCCCCAGAGUCUACUGGAAGGAUCGACUGCUCAAGAUGUACAUGGCAGGACUGAAUGCCAUCCAGACGUACAUUCCCUGGAACUACCACGAGGAGUCUCCGGGCCGUUACAGUUUUAGUGGAGACCGGGAUGUGGAACAUUUCCUUCAGCUGGCCCAAGACAUUGGUUUAGUGGUCAUCCUUCGACCUGGACCCUACGUGUGUGGAGAGUGGGACAUGGGUGGGCUGCCUGCUUGGCUCCUCAACAAGAAAGACAUGGUGCUGCGGUCCUCAGAUCCAGAUUACAUCACAGCAGUAGAUAAGUGGAUGGGGAAGUUACUGCCAAUGAUGAAGCCUUUUCUCUACCAGAACGGCGGUCCUAUCAUCACUGUACAGGUGGAGAAUGAAUAUGGCAGUUAUUUCGCCUGUGACUACAACUACAUGCGCCACCUGACCAAGCUGUUCCAGUCUCACCUGGGCGAGGAGGUGGUGCUCUUCACCACAGAUGGAGCUGGGCUCAAAUACCUCAAGUGUGGCUCAAUACAAGGUCUCUACGCCACUGUUGACUUUGGGCCAGGUGCAAAUAUAACCGCUGCCUUUGAUGCACAGAGACACGCUGAACCUCGUGGACCUUUGGUGAACUCUGAAUUCUACACCGGCUGGCUGGACCACUGGGGGUCAGGUCACUCUGUCGUGUCGUCUGCCGUAGUGGCCAAGUCGCUCAACGAGAUGCUGGCCAUGAGAGCAAACGUCAACCUGUACAUGUUCAUAGGAGGAACAAAUUUUGGAUACUGGAAUGGUGCCAACGAACCAUACGCCGCGCAGCCCACGAGCUACGACUACGACGCCCCGCUUUCGGAAGCAGGAGACCUCACAGAGAAGUACUUUGCUAUUCGAGAUGUGAUCAAAAUGCACCACAAGAUACCACAGGGACCAAUACCACCCACAACUCCAAAGUAUGCAUAUGGGACUGUUGGGAUGAGAAAGCUCCAGACGAUAUCAGAUGCCUUAGAAACACUGUCUUUCUCCGGCCCCGUCAAAAGCAUGUAUCCUCAGACUUUCAUUGAACUGAACCAGGCCUUUGGUUACGUGCUCUACAGGACCACUCUGCCUGUUGAAUGCAGCACACCAACUCCACUGUCAUCCCCACUCAACGGCGUCCACGAUAGAGCGUACGUGUCAGUGGACGGGGUGGCUGUGGGAAUUCUUGAAAGGAACAAAGCCCUAACUGUCAACGUGACUGGGAAAGCUGGCAGUCAGGUGGACUUACUGGUGGAGAAUAUGGGCCGAAUCAACUACGGAAAACAUAUUAACGACCUUAAGGGCCUGGUGUCCAACCUGACUCUGGGGAAAGAUACGCUCAGCGGCUGGACGAUGUUCAGCCUCAGCAUCGAUGAAGCGGUCAGUCAGGGUCUUCUCGGUGAAACGAAACCAACAGACCCGCCUAAGCCUGCUGCUCUCUCCCUUCCAGCCUUCUACGAGGGAAGCUUCAUCAUUCCUGACGGCAUCCCAGACCUCCCCCAGGACACCUACAUCAAGCUGCCCAAGUGGAGGAAGGGGCAAGUUUGGAUCAAUGGCUUCAACUUGGGACGGUACUGGCCAAGUCGAGGCCCUCAGGUGACACUUUUUGUCCCUGCCAGCAUCCUCAGCACAGCUGCACUCAACAAUGUGACUGUCCUGGAGCUGGAGGAGGCUCCAUGCAGCUCGGGGUCUUGCAGUGUUGAGUUCACUGACACCCCCAUCCUGAAUGCCUACAGACAACAAAGGAGGCUCUUCACUAAAGUCGACUUGUUGUGAUAAUAAGGGAUCUCGCUGCCACACAAAAGGAAUCCAUUUGCACUACUUUGAUUGCUAAUGAACAAACUCAAAUCAGCACUUGUUGUGUGAGCUCGGUGUAUGUCUGAUUUUAAAAAAUUGCAAUAUGUGAAAGACAAUUAAUUUGCGACACGACAUCAGUGAUUGAAUGUGUCUUUAUGAAAUUGCACCAUCACAUCAACCGUGGGCGUCUCUACCUCUCUGGUUUUGCAUAACUGCAGUAUGUAUUUUAGAGAAUGUUUUAUUUUCUUAUGUGAAAAAAACACAUCAGGGAAAUACUCUAUGUAUUAUCACACAACUACAGAUACAUUGUGGGACUGCUGACAUGUAGCUUUGAAAUUACUUUGCAUUUACUCUGAACCUGCUUGAUUUAAUGCUUGGAAAGCAUUUACCUUUUAAAGCAAAAAAUAAAAAAUAUGAUUUGAUAAUACUCCAAUGAUCUCCUUUCUUAUUGUGUGACUAAAUGCUAGUCGGAAAUAUGUAUCACCAUAAGACAGUCAUAUUUAUAUUGUAGUAAAGAUGGAGAACAUAUAAGAUACGUUCUCUGCCUAAACUGUGUCUUGGGGCAACUUGGGAAAUAAAAUGAAUGGGGGGUAAGAUUAAUCAUAAUAAAUUUCAGUGAUUUUUCUUGAAUGGGAUAGUGGUAGUCUAUUAGUACCUUUACUGGAGGACAAACAUGUCAUUGAUUGUUCUUGAUGUGAUUUGAUAAACAUCAUUAUGCAA